UCACUCUCCGCUCUGUGCCUCCAUCUCACCAUGAACCGCCUCUCAACCUUUUCUCUUCUUCUUCUUCUUCUACCUUUGUUGAUAUCCGCGCAAUGUACAUGCGAGUCUGGCCCAGAAGAACAGAGCAGCAGAACAGGCGCUACCCGAUACAAAUUGGCUGCCAUUUUCUCGAUUCUUGCCGCGAGUUUAAUUGGGGUGGCGCUCCCAACCUUGGGCAAGAAAAUCCCGGCAUUGCGCCCGGAAAACGAUGUGUUCUUCGCCGUGAAGGCCUUUGCUGCCGGGGUGAUUCUGGCGACCGGGUUCAUUCACGUGUUGCCGGAUGCGUUCGAGUCUCUGACGAGCCCCUGCCUCGGCGAGAGCCCGUGGGGGAGUUUUCCGUUUAGUGGGUUCGUCGCUAUGCUUUCGGCGAUCGGGACGAUGAUGAUGGAUGCUUUUGCCACUGGGUUCUACCAGAGGUUGCAGCGGAGCAAGGCUCAGCCGGUGAAGGAAGACGAGGAAAUGCAAUGUGAGAAUCAGGACCAGGUGCAUGGUCAUCCACAUGGGUCCGGCUUCGUCUCCGGUGAACUGGGAUCUCCGGAGCUCUCCCGCCACCGUGUGAUAGCUCAGGUUUUGGAGUUGGGGAUUGUAGUUCAUUCGGUGAUUAUUGGGAUUUCCUUGGGAGCUUCUGCAAGUCCAAAGACAAUCAAGCCUCUUGUGGCUGCAUUGUCCUUCCAUCAGUUCUUUGAAGGCAUGGGCCUUGGUGGAUGCAUUUCCCAGGCAAAAUUCAAGUCUAAGGCAGUUGCAGUGAUGGUGGUUUUCUUCUCCCUGACCACUCCAGUUGGGAUAGCAGUUGGCAUGGGGAUAUCAAAUAUUUACGACGAAAACAGCCCGAAGGCUCUGGUGGUGGAAGGAGUUUUCAACUCAGCCUCAGCUGGGAUAUUGAUCUACAUGGCCCUUGUCGACCUUGUUGCAGCAGACUUCAUGAGCCCUAGAAUGCAAACCAAUUUCAAGCUCCAAAUUGCAGCCAAUAUCUUGCUUCUUCUUGGUACAGCCUGCAUGUCCCUCUUGGCCAAAUGGGCUUAAUUGCCAUGCAACCAUAGUUAUUAGCAAUCCCAAUUAGAUAAGGUUGGGCCUUUUUUUUUUUCCCAUAAACAUGGAUGAUAAGAUAGUUGUUUUGAGCUCGACAUCAAGGACUUAGAUGUUUUUUUCUAUGCAACUUGAGCAACACACAAGACUAGUCUAUGAGACAAGAAGCUUCUUUUUGUGUAUUCUUCCCUGUUUUUAAACUGAAGUAUUUGAACUCUUCUGCAUUUU